AUGUAGUAGAUGUAUCCAUAGAGCAAUGAAGGGGAGGUGAGAGGGCGGGUCCUUUGGCUUCCAUCAAAGAUCAUGUCGUCAAGGUGUUAUUGUUCAUCGCGAUGGCUGUCGUCUAUUGCGACCAUGUCACUCUUGCGAGCCUAGCCCAUCGUCUAGGACUGGCCAACUGCAGACAGGCAGCUUCCUGCUGCUGUACGUUGACCCCAAGCUCGUCGGGUCUAGGAUCCCCGGGGGGGUUUACGACAGAAGCCAUGCCUCCCUUCCGUGAUCCGCUCUCACCCGACACUUCCUGGUCCUCGUCAUCCAUCGACUACAAACCUUCAGCUGGUCGGAGCAGGCGAGAUGAGUACAUUCAGGCGAAGAAUGCAGCCAAUGAGGAGUACUACGGUCCAGGUGUCAAGCCUCCAGAUCGAAAGAAGCUCAAGCAGGUGCAGAGGCGCUCCGAUGUCGCUCCGAAAUCGACGAACAGUAAAUCAACGCUCACAAGUGAGAGGACGAAUACGAUGAACGAGGCUAGAGUGCCCGCACGAGAGCGCAUCAUCGGUGCUAAACUAGACGAUGUCGCGGAUCUGAGGUCGAAGCCUGAGGUAUGGGUCAUCGUAGAUAGCGAUCCUGAACCUGAGGAGACGGCUCCCCGAGCUGCAGCCACGGCUCCUCAGGAAUCGGCUCAAAGCACACCUGCGGUUUGGAUCCCUGCCCAAGAUAGAGCCCUCUGGCUAGCUCAAGUGAGUUAUGCCAUGUAUUUCCCGCUUAUAGGCAGCUCAGGUAUGGUGAAGGGAGGAAAUGGGAUGAAGUCCUGAAAGCCGUGAAUGAAGCUGGGAGGGCAGCCGGACAGCCUGAACAAACGAUGAAUGUGGGUUCGGUCGUGGCCUGAUCCCGGAGCUGACAUGACGAAGAGCUGCAAGAACAGA